CGUUACUAGGUACCAGUUUCAAUUUCGAGCUCACGGUUGUCAAAAUGGCGUCGGAAGGGAAUCAUUUUCAGUUUUGUACUGUUUGUCGUAGAAAUCAUAACCAAGGAAGAAAACACGUGUAUGGAAAGAAGCAUUGCCAUAACACAAAUGCGAUAUUAAUCAAGUAUGGAAAAAAGAUUGAUGAAGCAAGAAAGACAAUAAAUACUCCUUCCGUUAUGAAUGGUGAACUUGAACCGGGAUCAAAAUUUUGGUGCCAUUUCUGUCAUAUGGACGUGAAGAAGCAUGUCACAGAUGGUGAAGUAACCAUUCAGUAUGGUGGUGUUUUUGAACACUUGGCUAGCUCCGAUCACGUGAGGAAAAUGAAUUCGUGGUGGGUGGAAAAUGGCGCCAAGAAAGAAGAAAAAGUCAAAUUUUUACUUUCUCACGAUGAGCUCCGCAGAUUUAAAGAAUUCGUAAAAGAAAAACUAGAAAAUCUUCAGACUGAAAUUGGAAAGAAUUAUGACAAAAGUGUUUUAGCGAUACAAGAGCAGGAAAAACGACAAAAAUUUGCCGCAUCGCAGCCACCAGAACCAUGUAAGCCAGUGCCAAUAAUCUAUGCAACUGUAAAGAAUCGCUAUGGUGUGAUGCAGAAUCCAACUGGAUUCCACGACGGUCAAAGAGUCUGGGGUGGAGGUGUUGUAAAAUACAGUGUUCGCUCUGAUCAAUGGUACCCGUGGGACUUUGAUCUUGAAGAUGGGAGAAAGGCUCCCAAGGGAGCCAAGAAGCUUCGUGUCACAGUUGAAACAACCAAGAACGGAGAAAUCUCACAAAAUAUCCAUACAGGUGCUACUCCUCCAUGGCUUCUUCCAGACGACGAUGAAACUACCCAUUCUUCUGCUAUUGGUCCAUCAUUUAGUGAAUUUCAAAACACGUUUGCAGCUGAGCGUUUAAAGAAACGUGGGAAGAAUCCAUAUCGAGUUGGAGCAAAUUUCGAUCGAACUUGUAAAGUUGACAACGAAUGGUUGCCUUCAUUUGGAGGAGUGUGGAAUUCAGGUCCAAGAUGGCAGACGAGGCGAAGCUUCAAGUCACGACGUGGAAAACAGACCUAAAAUGUUCUAUGAUCAUAUUUGAAAUUACUGCGAUCAUCAAGCACCAUAUUGUGUAACCAAAUGUAAUGUAACGAAACAUAAAAAGGUUGGCUUACUUGAAUGGCAUUCUACAUAGUGAACGUGGGAAGAUCUGAUAAAUGUAUUUUAUUGGACAAAAUUGUUCAUUGGAUCUAAAACUGCUACUCACUAGUUACGAUAAACGAAGUAAAACCUACUAGUGAGUUGCCUUGUUUGUGCUAUUUGAGCUGAAAUCUUGUUUUGUAUAAUCUUGUGUAAUGUCAAUGAUUGCUUCUACAUGGAUGACCAAAAACCUUUUAAAUCAAAUUGUCGUGUCUCUAGAAAUUCAAGAAGGCUAGUACAGUAACACGUAACAAGAAAAAUACAAGAAGUUUAAAAUUGACGUUAAUUUGUCAUUCGACUUUAGUACUAUUUAUCUUUCAAAUUGUUGUGCAUGAUGUAAAUGUACCGUAUGAUAAAUAUAGCCCAAGAUAUUGCUUUAUGUAUGGGGACAUUUCGCCAUGUUAGGGGUUGUCUGUUGUACAACUGAUAAGAUUUUGCAGGGACUACAUGAACAUAAUUUAUAUGCUGUAAAAUUUGGAGCUACAACAAGGUUAAAAAGCUUUUCCACCUAAAA